AUGAAUUAAUCAAAUUUCUUGUACCAACAACAUAAUUUUUCUCCAAUACAAGAAUUGUAAGCCAUUAAUGAAUUGGAAUAUGAACAAGAGUACCUGAAUACUGGUUUAAGAGGAACAUUCAAUAGUCCGAAUUUUGUGAUUAAGUCGCAAUUAGACACUCGGAGAACGAAUGAGGUUGAUUACACUCCUAAAUAGGCCUUACUUCCAGAAUGGACAAAAAGAGCAUAGCGUACUGGUGUUAGUUUGAUGGCAUUCUUCUUUGUGAAACGGUUUGUAUAGAAAAUACGAAGUCAUCGAUAAAAAUUGCAAAAUAUAAAUGAAAGUCAUCUUUAGUUGAUUGAUGAUUAGGGAUCUGAUAAGUAAAUAAACUAUUCAACAAUAGUUAGGUUAUGUUGACUUAAAUGAAAUUUGCAAGCCCUGUUUUUUAAAUUCGUAAUGUCUCCCGACUUUUUCGAUAACAUACAUUAGUGAAACCUGAGAAUCCUGUAUAUGUAUCCAUAAAAGAGAAAUAUUAAAUGUUAAGGAAAUAUGCCUAUGAGAAAUUAUCAAAGAUUCCUCAGUUCCAUCCUGAAAGUCCUAAGAAAUUAAUGUGGGACUACUUCAUAACUGUUAUUAGAUUGAUAUUAUUGGUAUUAAUACCACUUGAGAUUGCUUAUAAUCCUGGAAUUUUAUUUAAUUAGAUUUUACCACUCACUACUUUACUUUCAUCUUUAUUACUUUUUGAUGUCUUAAUUAGAUUAAAUACUAUAUGUUAUGUAAAAGGACAUGCAGUUUUAGAUCGUUUCGAAAUAGUACGCCAAUAAAUAUUUAGUGUGUUAUUUAUAGAUGUAUUAACUUUAACACCCCUUUUUUAUUAUUGUAUUAAAAAUGGAGACGAAAUAUCAAAUUAUUAUCUAAUUAUUUUGCUUACUUCUUUAAUGUAAUUCAAAUAUAUCAGUGAAGUCAUAUAAAAGAGUGAAGAAUCAUAAUACUUUAGUAAAUCUCAAAAAGGAAUCAUUAGUCUAUUGAAAUUGAUUUUAACUCUUAUGUACAUAUUACAUAUGUUUUCAUGUAUUUGGUAUUUCAAUUCUAAUUUGAGUCUUGAGGAAUCUUGGAUUCAAUUCAAAUUUUUAGAUUAGUAAACAUGGCAAGUACAAUAUUUAGAAGCAUUCUAUUUUGCUAUUGUUACUAUGUUAACUAUUGGAUAUGGAGAUAAUGUACCAAAAAGUUCAAAUGAAAAAAUUGUAGCAAUCUUUUUUAUAAUGGGAGCAUGUUUAUGGUUUAGUUAUAGUGUCAAUACAAUUGGUAUCAUUAUUAAAGAAAUUAAUCAAAAUAUGGUAGAGAGAAUUAAAAAAAUUAGAGUUAUUAAUAGAUAUAUGCAUAAAAGAAAUAUUCCUUAUGGACUAUAAUAUAGGUAUUCAUUUUUUUAUAGAUUUUAGAAUUCGAGAAUAUCUUAAUUUCAGAUGGAAAGAAGAAGCAGAAAUAGAUCUUUAACAAGAAGAAUAAUUAUUAGGUGAAUUAUCAGAAGAAUUGAAAUAAGAGUUAAGGCAAUAAUCAAAUAGUGUAUUUUUUAGUCAUUGCUCCUUUUUAUCCAGUAAUUUUAGCCUAGAAUUUUAGAAUGCUCUAUCUUGUCAUAUUGCUCGAACUAUCAUACAACCUUAAAACACUUUCUCCAUCUUUACACUCGGCAAUAUUAAGCAGCCACAUCUCUGCUUUGUCGAGUAAGGUCAAUUACAAUAUCUAAAUAGACAUCGUCAUUCACUCAAAGGAAUUUAAUGUUAAGGACAAUUCCUUUAAGUUUAGGAUUUCGUAUCAGAAAAUGAAAACACUCAAAUCUACUAAGCCAUUGGUUAUGUUAGUCUUUUGACUCUUAGUAAAGUAUUUCCUUUAAAUAAUUAUUAGAUAGAUUUUCUUGCAGUCUUAAACAAUUUCCCCAAAGAUUAUUAGCAUUAUUGUCAACUCAAAGACAAUAUUAAAUUGAGUAUUCAAAAGAAAUAGUUACCUUAUGGAGUCUAUUGUGCAGCUUGUAAACAAAAUGAUCAUGAUCUCAUUGGAUGUCCUUAGCUCAAACUUACUAUUGAUAGAGAAGUUGUUAUUAAAAGACACCUAUAUUCUAAACCAUAAGAAAGAAGUGAAUGGAAAAGAUCUUCAAAAAGGAUUAAAGAUCUAUUUUAGACAUUAACUGAUUUAGAUAUAAUAGAAUAAUUUACACUCUAUUUUCAAAAUGAAAAACAAAAAUUAAUCAAAUCACAAUUACAAUAAUAAUUAGUAUUUGAAUAAGAAGUUGAUGAAAAUCCUAUGAAAUCAGAUGAAAAUAUUUCUGCUCCUCCAACUCAUGAUCAUAAUCAAUAAAUCCUUUUAAGAAAAUAAGACUCCAUUUUACUAUCAUAAAACUUUUCCUCCUCUAACAACUUUCCACCCUAACCUAUUAGUCCAAUACAUAGUAUGAUUCAUUCCCAAAAUCAUCGGCGAAAAUAAGGUAUUAUGGAUUCUUAAAGCUCUUAUGAUAAUAAUCAUUCAAUCAAAAGAGGUCAAAAUAAUUAUGACUUUGAUCUUAAACCACCUCCAUUUAAUAAAUAUACAACAGCUAAAUUAUCUAUGUAUAAAAAGAAUUACUUGAGUAAAUACUAAUAACAAUAACCUUAAUAGUCUUAACUAGAUAUUGAACAAAACUAAUUAUCAGAUUUUAAUGAAAUGAUGCAAUAGUAAAUUGAACAACUAUAUCUAAAAAUGAGAAAAUCUGCUAUAAAUGAAUAAUUAGAAAAUUUAAAAUCCAUUUUAGAUAUAGAAAUGCUUUAUCUGAAAUUUAAAUCAGAGUAGGGAUUAGAUUAAUUUGAAAUCGUUAAAAAUUAUGAUCUCUAUAUGGUAAGUCACAAUAUCAAUAAAGUCUUAUAAGAAAUAAGAAACAGAUCUAUUAACCAUUUUCAUUAUAUGAAUAAACUUAUUUAUUAUAUGUACUUUCCAUUUGAGUACGUAAUGAAAUUUUAGAAACUUCAAUAGAGAGAACGCUCACUUAAAACAAGUAGAAACCUUCCUCGUAAACCUGGUCUAUCAAUAUCAAAAAUUGUUGAACUUAAAAAUGUAUUUCAAAGAAAACGUUUCACACCUCGCAGAAGCAUUAAGAUUAGUUAAGUCAAUCCUGAUUCUGAAGGAUGA